CUGCUGACGGACGAGGCGUACCUGAUGGUGGAAGGAUGCUUCUGUGCAGCCCGCGGGUUGAUCUCCCUGCUCGGAAUUCUGGGCAAUCUCGUGAACAUCAAAGCGUACGUCUCGAUGGGACUUUCCGAUGGCGUCACCACGGCGUUCCUGCUCCUAGCGUGUUCGGACCUCGCCUACCUCACGGCCAUGCUCGCUCGCGCCGUCUCCUUUGGGUUCAUGGCCGCUGAGAAGCUCCACAACUACUCUCUCUGGUUCCCCGUCGACCCUUACGGCGUCUACAUCUUCUUCGGCAACGUCGGCAGCAUCCCGUACACCGUGUCCAUCCUCACCACCACGCUCCUCGCCGUGGUUCGGUGUUUGAGCGUCGCGAGGCCGUUGCAGUUCCAAAACUCGUUCAGACGGACACGCGCGACCGCAGUGGUGUUCGUCUUUGCGAUGUUCUCUCUCUUCAGCUAUUUACCGGUGCUGGUGUUCAUGGGGAUGAUCAGGCAGUUCGACGCGAGGGUCAACGCGACGAGACCCAUGCUAUGGAUAUCGCCGAUGCGAGAAAGGGUCAAGGACAUUGUCUGGGUCAUCCGGGACGCCAUUCUGCCCAUAGCGACGCAGUUGAUCGUCAUCACGUGCGUCAUCGUAAUGGCGGACUGCCUGAGGUCCGCCUCGGUGUUUCGGAUGUCGCAGAUGAGCGUUAAGUCUGUCUCCGAGAAACUAAGAUUUGGCGACCUUAACGUUGACCUUGGUCAAAACGAGGCACCCCGGUCGGCAGCGAACCCGAACAAGCUCAUCGGGAAGGAGCUGCAGGCGGUACAGCAGGUUCUUCUGAUAAGCAUAAUCUUCAUCGUCUGCAACAUGCCGAAGAUCGUCAUCAACUUCACGGGUCUCUUCGAGCAAGAGUUCGCCCUGGGGAGGCUGCACGAAAACCUGUACCUCACCAUGAUUGGCGUGCUCUACAUUUUCCAGACCGUGUACUCAAGCGUCAACAUUUUCAUCUACUACCACUACAGCUCCAAGUACAGGAGGCACUGCAAGGUUUGUGCUUGA